AUGACCCAGGAUCAAGGGCCGCAAGGUGCUGCCUCCUCACUCAACUUGUCGCGACCUCCAUUUGCGCCUCUGAUCUCGAAUCGCACAAGCCCGUUCGCGCCCGCCAGUGCGAACCAGGCCAUUACCGCAACGUCUACGCACCCGACCACAACCACGUCUCCAGCCAAGUCCGCCAUGGCCACCUCCUUCAUGUCACCGCCACCGUCCUUCAAGAACGGGUCAUUUUCGAUGUAUCCUUGCCCGCCGAUUAUGGGCAGCAGCCCCUUCGAUCGCGAUGCUUCCAUGCAGCCUGUCGGAACGCCAUCACAGGUAUCGACCGUUCUAAUCCGCCGACUUCCACUGGAGAUAACAGAAAAGGAAGUCGAGCUCAUGCUUUUUAUGGCGCAAGAUUCCUUCGAGGUUCAGCUGCUGCCACCUGAACAGUCUGCCGAUCCUGGCUUUUGCACGGCGACCGCCAAGUUCAGGUCGCCCGCCAGCGCGCAGAAAGCCAAGGAAUUGUUGCACGGCAAAGCCGUCGGCUCGGCUGAUUUGAUCGUCGAUGUACUAAGCGGAAGCCCACCAUCGUCUAGACGGAACCACAACGAGCCCUCUGGUUCCAAGGCCUCGAGCAACGCAUCGUCUACGAACUCUUCUGGGCAAUCAGCGCGAUUCAACGGCAGCUUCACCAUGCAAGCCAUGGACAAGAUCUCACCAUCAAUGGGCAAACUCUACGGGUCCGCGGAGUUGCCCAAUCCUGCGGCAGAUGAGCAUUUUCAAACCCUCUUCUCACCGCAGUCGCCGAUUGGGAACCACCUGACCGAGCGCGCGCGCAUGUCGAGUAGAGAUAUUAUCAACCAGGACGUUGGUGACGAUGAAGCCGAAGACCUUCUCAACAAUCUGAUUCGGAAUCCUGACAACGUACAUUCCCAGGGCCGACGCGCGACUGCACCUCAGCUACCAGUCAACCGAUUAGCGAGUCUAUCGCUAAACACAAAUCCUGUAGGGCAGCCAUCGAUUCCACAGUACGGACAUCCCCAUGCCAACAAUAUCACUCCCUUGUCGGCUCAUGGGAACACAAUGUCCCCAACCGUUAUGGGAAAUGCAAGUUUUCCAUCAACAGGCCCUUCAUACCCGCCACGCCAGAACUACCCGCCUGUCAAUCCUGCGGAUCAGAACCCGCCCUGCAAUACCCUCUAUGUGGGUAAUUUGCCCAUUGAUACGUCUGAGGAAGAGCUGAAGGCCAUGUUCUCCAAGCAGCGUGGCUACAAGCGACUAUGCUUUCGAACCAAGCAGAACGGCCCGAUGUGCUUUGUUGAAUUCGAGGAUAUCUCAUUCGCGACCAAGGCACUCCACGAGCUCUAUGGUCAACUUUUGCACAAUAGCGUCAAGGGAGGUAUUCGUUUGAGCUUCUCCAAGAACCCACUGGGCGUCCGUUCAGGGCCAGGGCAAGGGGGUGCUCCUCCCAUGAAUGGACUGAACAAUAUGAUGGCGAAUGCCGCCAGUGGUUUCACCACAGUCAAUGGUCCCCCGCCAGGCUUGCCAGGCCCGGCAGGUCUGGGCCGCAUGGGCUAUGGCACAACUUCUUCCAUGGCUAACGGACAUGGCUCAGCCUAUUCUACCACAUCAUACUCUUCAGGCAUGAGCAAUGGAUGGUCCAACGGAGGCUACCCCGGGCCCCUGUCAACUGGUGGCACAUCAUCGCCUUUACCAAGUGGUGCCUCGUCAGGGUUCGCAUCCUACAUGAUGGGGAAAUGA